UUUAGCGUUUAGCGUCCGGGGUGUCUGUUUCUCCCUCAUUUUACGAAUAUCAAGCCGGUGUUACACAGUUGACGCAAGGCCCCAAAAUCUUUACAUAUUUGACAGUUGUCAUAAUUACUAUUCAUCUGUUAACGCGGUUAUUUUGGCAUCCUGUUCGUGUAUUCUUAAAAGCUGUACAGUACGGACGUCGUAGUUUUCACUGUGCUUGUCUCCUUCACCAUACAGCCGUCGUGCUAGAAGACAAGUUAUAGACAGCAGUUCAUCAACAUGAAGAAGGCAGUGGGGGUAGCCUUGCCCCUGGUGAUGAUUCUGGCCGUCGCAGUGUACCUCGCCGUGACCGGGUCUACGAAGAAGGAAUCAUCAAACCAGGGACAUCGUGUCAUCAAACGGUCCUUAGUAUUGCCGUCAGACCUUCAGGAGGCCAUGCGAGCAGCAUCAGCUGAAGACGCUCCUGCUUACGAGAAAAACAAACGCUUCAUACCGGCCAUAGCAAACCUUGCUGGAAACAUUUUAUCCAAGGCUGAUUCAGUCGACACAGAUAAACUGACAGACACGGUUCAGAAACUGGGCUCUAUGAAGAACAUGGCGCCGGACAUCAUGGCAGACAGUGUGCAAAAAGAGGCAGAGGUGACUGCAGAAAUUGAGAAAAACGUGGCGCAGCAGACGAUAAGCCAGUUACUUGAUAAAGUUGAACACGACCACGACAAGAAAGAAGAAGGUGGGGAAGAUGGCGGUGGAGAUGGAGGUGGCGAAGAAAACGAGAUAAAGGCAGAGAUAGACUUUGUCCCACAGAAAGGAAUGGUCGAGGAAGAUCUGUUCGCACCACCAGGAAUGAACAUGAAGAUGGACAUUGAAGAAAACCCUCAGGCGGACGACAAUGCGGACGACAUGAGCGAGCCCACGGCGUUCUCCUACCCUCUCGGGAUGGGAGGUGCGCUAAUGGACGGGUGUUUUGGGACAGACUACACACCAGAAGAUCCGUGCUACAACCAGAAGACUGUCCAACCCGCCUGUGGUGCUUCCGUCGACUCAGCAUGGGGCGGGUCCCAGGAAUCUCAGAAACAGUCGUUUAUGUCCCUUAUAGAGUGUGAUGUUAUCAGGUACGAAAUCUUCCUUGACGAGGUUACGCCCGAUUCACUGAGCCUGGCUUUCCUUCGCGACUUCCUGUCUCUUCCCAAGAAUUUCAUCAAUGGAAAAGCAAAAUUACAGGAAUUCAUCAUCCGCUACGGAACCCAUUACAUCAAGUCAGCAAAGUUUGGCGGUUCCUUCAGGCUGUUCAAGACUCAAGAGGCAUCUAAGACUUCAACCCUCUCAGAUUUUUCAAUCCAGGCCCAGGCUUCCUAUAACGGCAUGUUUAGUGCGGGUGGCCACUACGGUAGACAGGAGUCGAGUGAGCAAUCCUCGUCCUCCAAGUCCUCGAGCUCCCAUGUGAUGGUCGAAGGAGGUGAGCAAGAAGUGGCGGCCGUCGUUUCAGACUUCUACACAACUAACUUCAAGGAAACCUUCACCGAGUGGCUGAAGUCCAUCCCGUCCUACCCCAAACCCAUCGAGAUGUUCAUGGGCACCAUGUCAGAACUACUAAACCUGAACUUCAAACUUCUCUUCCCCUUCGACAUCAGUGAUGCUGCAGACGGCUGCUUUGCCAACAAGUAUUGCGACGUUACGUCUAUUGACCAGUUUCAAGUCGAAAUGGACCAGAAACGACUUGCACUUGAAAGGGCCAUUGCUAUUUACAUGGAAGAGGGCCCGAUUCCAACCGCAGACUUCCACCUUCGGGGAGGGAAACCUGGAUGUCAGGCUGAAGCCCUUACCGUGAAGGCAGGAGCUACUGGAGUCACUCACCCCUCCUGGACUGAACUGAUCAACGGAGAUACCUACAAGGCUCUUGGGGAUUUACCCCGCAACUACGCGGACGGGAUCGUCGGCAGAGCUGAGUACAUCAGUCCUCUAGAGCACUCACAGAAAAAUAGUGGUGCAUUGUCGAGUAUCGUGGAAGCCCCCUGCACUGUGAAGUGGUCCAACUCCUACCAGAUCAAACCCGCUGAUGAGGGAGGAAAGUGCCUGUACUUCAUCGGGGCAUCAAAGGGAGACAUUUUUGUGGUCUUUUCCUCCAUCCCGAAGGAUAAGACCACUUGGUACCAUCUUCAGAUCAGUUUUCAAGGCGUCGCGCUCUACAAGGGUAUGAGACUGGUUAAGUACGAGGGAGCGAAAAACGCUAGAAGUCUCGGUGAUUCCAAACUGUUUCAGCCAUACUUUAUUUGUUUGGAUGAGGAUAUGGACAAACAGCAAACCUAUAUCAAAUAUGGCAUCGGCUCAGAUACUUCCGAAAAAGGCCUGGUGUACAUGGUCUACCUGGAUGAGAGUACGCCACUAGGAAUUCGCUUCUACUCCUUUGGCAGCGGGGAAGCAGACGUAGAGAUUAUGGACGCCCGAGUCAUCGAGGGAGGAGCAACAGGACAGAUGGAAUGUACCGGGGGAACUGUCUUGAAGGAUGGCAUGUGUGUGGAGGACUGUCAUCCAGAGUGUAACGGAUGUAUUCCAAGCUCCCCUGGAUCGAAGCUGGACACAGAAUGCCGCAUGUGUAGGCACUUCUCUGUCAGCAAGGGUGGAAGUAUUCGCUGUGUGGCCAGCUGCCCGGCUGAUACCAAGUUGUCCUCCGAUGGCGUGACUUGCGAACUUACAAACCCGCCUCAGGACUGUGCGGACCUGUUCGCCGCCGGGACCCGUCAGAGCGGGACCUACACAGUCGGCGAGCCCAGCCCGUACCGGGUCUACUGUGACAUGAGCUUCCUGGGAGGCGGCUGGACCGUCCUUCAGCGCCGCCAGGACGGAUCCGUGGACUUCGCUAAGAACUGGGCAGACUAUCAGCAAGGGUUCGGAGACCCGAACGCAGAGUUUUGGUUAGGGCUGGACAACAUUCACACACUGACAACGGCGAAGAGUAACAUUCUACGGAUUGAGCUGGAAAAUUUUAACGGAGAGAGGAGGUACGCGCGGUACAGCUCGUUUUCAGUCGGGGACGCGAGCGGGAAUUAUGUAGUGUCCAUCUCUGGGUACAGCGGAGACGCAGGGGACAGUCUUACCAACAGUGGUCGAGCUGACAUAAACGGGAGAAUGUUUUCUACGAUAGAUCGAGAUAAUGACGGAAACAGCGUGAAUUGUGCUUCUUCAUACAGCAAAGGUGGAUGGUGGUAUCCGCUUAAUUGCGGAGAGUCCUUCUUAAACGGACGGUAUAACUGUCACGAGAGUUCGGUCAACUGUGGUAAUUCACAGGGAGUCGUCUGGUCGAGUUGGGGAGGCGCAAGUUACCUCUUGAAGAAAACAACCAUCAUGAUCAGACCUGCUGUCGGCUUCACAGACCUAGGUCUCAAUCUGGCCUUCGAGAAACCCACGGCACAGUCCAGUACGGGCUAUGGGGGAGUGGCCGAACGGGCAGUGGACGGCAACACUGACUGGAACUGGGGUGGAGGGUCCUGCACCCAUACGAACCAAGAAGGCACCCCUUGGUGGCGUGUAGACCUGGGCACAUCACAAGCCAUCGGCAGCGUCGUCGUCUUCAACCGAAAUGAGCAGUCGCAGAGACUGAACAACUUCCGGGUUCACGUCGGGGACUCUACCACCGUGACGUCCAACCCGCAAUGCGGUGGGAACCACGCCGCAACAGGGAAACAGAAGAUCACGGUGGACUGUGACGGUCGGAGAGGCCGAUAUGUCGGCAUCUCAAUCCCUGCCACCACAAUUCUCACCCUAUGUGAGGUACAGGUCUAUGGAGCCGGGAUAGGGAAGAAGUGAGCGUACCAGUCACUUGGGGUGUAGCAGGUGCAUUGUCUACGUACAGAAGACCCACUCGAAGACACGAGUUUGCUCUCACGUUGUUUUAGGGUAUAUCUACUGGACUACAUAAAAACAGGACAAAUGGAUUGAAAUAGUACAACAUUUCAAAUGUAGAAAAUCUUUUUAAUCAUAAACGAAUGUAUUUUAGGUGCAUUUAUUUGUAGAUUACAUUGAAAGUACCUGUACUAAUGCAUUCUGCACUCCAGUGUGAAUUUGUCUCAUCUCAUCUAUUCCAUAUUCUAACUGCUUAACUGUUGGGGAACUAUGGAUGAUCUGUCAACCUGUUAACUCAACCUUUAUCGGUUUUCUGUUCCUCUGCUAAAACAUUUCAUUUCGAUCAUGGUGCUCCGUUCUCUAUGUUAUCCUCCCGUCUUUCCCAUUUCUUACGCUUCCUUUCACUCAGGGCUGUUUCUUGAAAUUGGGAACUCCCCCUUGUAUACUGUUGUUCUGUGGUUAACACUGUGGUUUAGUGCCAGUUUGUGCUGGGUUUUAACCUUUUUUGCCCUCUCUCACUUUCACAUCUCAAUAAAAUUAACUAAGUGUGGCUUCAUUUUAAAGGAAUGCCUUUAUUGAUCAUUGACAUCCAUGCUAGGAUAUAAGAACUAUCUUGUAACUUUGUUAACUUCAGUGGGGUCGUGUGGUGUGAGGGUAGUGUAUUUGGCUCUGAACCAUGAGGUCCCGGGUUUGAACCUUGCCAUGUCACUGAUCUUGUGCCCUUAGGAAAGGUACUUUACACAACUUUCCUCACCUCGCUCAGGUGACAAUGAGUACUGUAUUGUCUUCUAUGUUCUCUGGCGGCAGCAUGAAAAUAAGUUGAAAACAUAAUUUUUCCGUCAUCUCUUCUUGUUUACAUGUUGGAAUAAAAAAAAAACUUUGUUAACCAUAUAUUCAUAUUAGAUAAAAGUAAGGCCACACCGACUUAAUUCUAUGGUUGACAUCUGAAGACCCCUAUACUAGUGCGCGUGGGCGAAUAAAAAAAAUCCGACCAAAAUUAAAAAUGCUACUAAACUACAGGAAUGCAAAGCUGAUAUUGUGAAUUUGCGGCAGUAAUAGCAACGUAUACGACAAGCCAGAACAUGCCGGCUUUUUGCGGAAUUUUUGACUCGGCACUGUACGUAUGCACUGAGUUUUUGAGUCGUGGAGUUUCGACAGUCUGGGUGCCGUCCUCCAGAGUUCUAACCGGCUCCGUAUUGUCGCUAACUACUAUGAACUACUGAAGUACCCAAGCCUAGUACCAGGCCAGAGCCUCGAAGGACAUCAUCUUUUUUUUUGAGAACAGACGAAAAUCAAUGCGCGUGCGGAUGUCAUCCAAACAAUUAAGUCGGUGUGGCCUAAGUAUAUUAACCAUAUAUCAAUAGAGAAGACCACACCAAUUUGACUUGUUGGUUUUGGGAUUUUUUGCAAAUCAGAAAAAAAUGGAAGAGGGAAUCUGAGAACCAACUGAUGAAACUGGUGUGGCCAGACCGUAAGUAUGUCAAGCAUAUAUCCAUAGAAAAAAUAUGACAGUAAUUAGUACAUGCAUGUACAGUCACACUUGUCUAGGACAAACACUAAAAGGACUGAGGAAAUGUAAGCGUGGUCUUCUAAAUGAAAAAGUGGUCUUCUUAUACAAAAACAUGGCAACAAGACAUUAGACAGAGAACAGCAGUAGACUAGCUUUUACCAGGCAAACUGUUCUCUCUAGCAGACAAACUUCCCUGGCAUGUUAUCUUUCUAUUUGGCAGAUUUCUACUCUUUCCUGGUAGAGGCUAGCAGCAGACAACCCACUGACACAAAUGACCCAAUUUACAUUGCUCAAAGCUCGUCUAUUGUCUAAAGCAAUGACAAAGUCGCAGAUUCCCUCAAAGUUUCUCGCCAGUUAAAAAACGUUUUCUUCCAUACGCUUGAAUAUGACGCAGUCGUCAUUUGAGCCAUUUGCGGACCCAAAUAUUGCAAAACAGUUACUGUGAUGUUGGACAAGUGGUCGGCUUGGGCAAGUCACUUGAUGCAACGUUUGCAUCCACAGGGGAAAAUUGUGACCGAGAAAUAGCGGGCGUUACAGCUAGGUGGUCGGCUUAUAGAGGUGGUUGCUUAGACAAGUUUGACUGUAUUUUGUUAACCAUAUAUUAUCCAUAUGUAACAGCAAUUUCGACUUUAUUUACCAUAUAUCUGUAGGUAACAGUAAGUAAAAGAUAGACCCCAGGCCUCUUCAGUCAAAAUCUGUAACGAUGCAAAAUGAAAUGACCGUUUGAGUUUGAAUUCCGAACAUCACCAGUGUCGGUAGAUUCAAUAGGUCAUGUUCGAUGGUUCAUAUUGCCAAUCCUUUGUGACAUACCCAGAACCAACGAAGUCAGCGUUUAAGCUGCUUUUAUUGAAUUGUAUGUUACACGUUCCAACAAUUAAUGUUAACGAAAAGACAAUGAUUGUGGACAAGAUCAUGUAUUGAUGGACCGGUUUGUUCCAGUUGCAAAGGAAUAUUUUAACUUACAAUGAACACUGAGUAAAUAAAAAAUACAAAACAAAACAAGCAAGUCUGU